GUAACGUUUAGUUUAGUUUGAAAGAAGACCAGUAUUUUCUCUCAGUCUCUCUUUGAUGUAACGUCGAGCUGCUGAUGUAGUGUGGAGCUUCUCUUCUGAGCCAGACCAGCGAUACUCGCUAUCGUCUAAACAAGAUUAUUACGCUGGCGCUCGCCUGCUAGAACAAAUCAGUCAUAUCGAUUUCUAGCUCGGUCCAUUCCUAAACUUUAUCAGUGAUGGCCUCGUCGGCGGUGGCGGUGGCGUCAGUCCUACUUCGGACAGUACUACUCUGCACGGUGCUUGCAGCCGUGGGCUUGUUUGGAGCGGCCAGUUCAAACGACGCGGCAAUCAAGAGCAAGCACCAGUACUGUAUCAUCGGUGCUGGUCCAGCCGGUCUGCAGAUGGGCUAUUUCAUGAAGAAGGCCAGGCGCGACUACAUCAUACUGGAGAAGAACACGUAUCCAGGAUCGUUUUUCGAGAAGUACCCGCGUCACCGGAAAGUCAUUUCCAUCAACAAACGCUUCACAGGCAAAGAGAACCCCGAGUUCAAUCUUCGUCAUGACUGGAACUCACUUCUGAGUGAUGAUCCAGGAUUGCUCAUGAGACACUAUUCCAAAGAUUUCUUUCCCCACGCUGACACACUGAUUCAGUACAUGAAAGACUAUGCGUCGAAGUACGAGCUGAAUAUCCAGUACGAGACAAACAUCGUCCACGUUGACAAACCCGGCGAGAAGCAGUUUAUCUUGCUCGAUGAGAAAGAACAACGAUACGAGUGCGAGAUUCUCGUUGCGGCGACUGGUAUUUGGAUCCCCAACAAACCCAAGAUGGCGGCAGGAGAGGAGUACGUGACGGGAUACGAGGAUAUGUCGCUAAACCAAACUGACUAUGAAGGCAAAACUGUGCUGAUUCUUGGCAGAGGAAAUUCUGCGUAUGAAACUGCUGAUCAUAUCGUUGGGUCUACAAACUUGAUUCAUAUGGUGGCCAGGUCUCGUGUACGACUAUCCUGGGCAACACAUUAUGUCGGAGAUCUCAGAGCAUUGAACAAUAAUCUCCUGGAUACUUAUCAGCUGAAGUCAUUGGAUGCUAUGUUGGAGGCAUCUGUGACCUCUCUGGCCUUGAAGAAAGUCGACGGCAAACUGUGGAUUUUGACUGAGGAUUCCGACGAGGAUUCAUUGCACCCGUCAGAAGUGAAGCAGCUGGAAGAUGCCACGGAUAUGCCGGAUAACUUUGCUAUGAGGGAGCCGUACGACGUUGUACUCCGAUGCCUGGGUUUCAAGUUUGACAAGAGUAUUUUCGGAUCGCGUGCCCCUCUGGAGAUGGGAAAGGGACGACUGGCCAAGUACCCGGCCGUCAAGCCAACGUACGAAUCAUUCAGCACCAAGAACUUGUACAUCGCUGGUACAGCUUCUCACUAUCGUGACUUCCGAAAGUCGUCUGGAGCGUUCAUCCAUGGCUUCCGCUACACGGCUCGUGCUCUUCAUCGUCAUCUGGAGUGGCAACAUCACAAGGUUAAGUGGCCAAUGCAGCAGAUACUCAUCAGCGAUCUCCUGCAGCACAUUCUAACACGCCUCAAUGAAAUGUCGGGGCCGUAUCAGAUGUUUGGUAUUCUGACCGACGUUAUUCUGCUUGAUGGCGACACAGUACGGUAUCUGGAAGAAGUGCCCAUUGACUGCAUACCAGCAUUCAAGAAGUGCACCGGUCACAAAGCCAAGGAGAUCAUAGUUAUCAACUUGGAGUAUGGCAAGAACUUCUCAGGACCCGGAAAGGAUGUGUUCAGUUUGACAAGAGCUACCGGAGAGCCAUCGGAGGCUGAUGAAAGUAACUUCCUGCACCCAGUUUUCUACUACUACAAGCGGCCACCGAAGCGAAUGGUCAAGCCAACACAGCUGCCAUUGCCCGACCACCUGCUUCAUCUCGUGGAGGACUUCCUCACCUCAUGGGAUGCACCCGUCUCUCACAUGCUCCCUCUCCGACGGUUCCUGGAGGAGGUGACGGGUAUGGACUUGCGGUCAUUCUUUGCUGAGACUUGUUUCAAGUAUGCACUGACGUAUUCAGACCUGCCAAAGU